AUCCCAAUGAAACUUUCAGUUAUAUCCUGUCUUGUGGCUGGUGCCAGUCUCGUCAGCGCUGUCCCGAUGCGCGUCGUGAUGCUCACUGGCAGCAGUGACGGAAACACAUCUCCCGCUCUUCGCUUUGGUCAUGCAGGUGUCUCACACGAAGACGCUGUUGUGCCGACUAGCAUGCCCGCAGCAAUCCACGGGCGACCCUGCGGAGGAGGAAGACGCUUCCGGGAUAAGGCCGUCAAGCUCUCCAACUCUUUCCGCCAGGCUCUUGGCUUGCCCCUCAUCGAAUCUGAACCCAAAGCCGAUACUACCGUUCACGGUGGCGUGAUCAGGAUUAUGCCUUUCAUCGGUGGUCCAGCCACCGUCGUUCAGCUCAACGAGACCGGCGAUGAGGGCAAGACGAGGGGUGGUGACCGUGUCAGGAUUGUCAAUGCCGUUCCUAUGACCCCAGGCCGCCACGGCCAUCAUAGGGUGCGCCUGAACUCUCAAGAGUCUUUCACAUCCCGCCUUCAUUACGCCCUGAUGAUGCUCGGUCCCUGGGAGGGCAGGGCUGUCGCCUUUGUCCUUGGAUGUGGGAUUGGCGUCCUCCUCCGCAUGAUCUGGGUCCUUACCCUUGUCUCUUAUCGUGCCUUCAGGGGUGAGCGCGAGACCCAUGAGUAUUCUCACCUCCCGCACGGCAAUGCCGAAGAGAUUGUCGUUGCACCCCCCACCUACAUCUACGUUGACGAAAAGACUCCUAUUGUUGACACUGAUGCGAAGCACACUGAUGCGAAGCCAACUGAGGAGGAAGCGAAAUAGGCCCUCUCACUCACACUCAUUAUCAUUUUCCUUUUUCUCAUUGUUUUAUAUUUCUCCUACGGACGAAUCUCACAAGUUAUCAUACUUUGUAUUUCAACGACCCAUCUGAUGGGUAACCUAACCGAUCGGACGUAGUGUACCAUGUUUAUGUCGAGUAGAUUCUAAAGUGGAGUGAUGUACAGCCACUUUGUGUUAGUUGUCAUAUGAAUCCUCUGCUUUUAGUUAACCUCUGACGUUGCAGGCGUCAGCGACCGAUGGAUGGUCUUGUGAUAGUCAGGGGAUGAUACAUGAUGAAUCAAUCGCACUUUGUCUUAAAC